AUGAGCUCUGGAAUCUCAGACUCCUCGUCGAGCUCCUCCGGGUCUACUCCCCCGUCAUCGGUGCCCUCGCCGGAGCUGCAGACAUUGACGCUGAGGGACAUCGACGUCAAUGUGGAAGUGACUGAAGCAGAUAAAGCUGAGGCCCUAAAGAUCAAGGCCCAGGCGAAUACGGCCUUCACCAAUCAUGACUUUAAUGCGGCUGCAAACCUGUAUACGGAUGCUAUCAAGAAGAAUCCGCGCGAUCCUAUUCUGUGGUGCAAUCGUGCGUAUGCGCGAAUGAAAUUGGAGGAAUACGGGUAUGCGCUCGGCGAUGCAAAUCAGGCUAUAGAAAUCGACCCAAAAUACGUGAAGGCGUACUACCGUCGCGCGACAUGUUACUUGCAAAUUCUGAAACCCCAGUCUGCCGUAGCAGAUUUCCGCAAAAUUUUGACUAUAGAGCCUAAGAACGAUACUGUACGGCAGCAGAUGGUAGCAACCCAGAAGCUUGUCCGGAAGAUUGAAUUUGAGAAGGCUAUAGAAAUGGAAGGAGAGAAGAGUCCUAUAGAUCGUUGCCACGAAAUUAUUGCGGAAGGUGGCUGCGACCUGGAUAGAGAUUACGCAGGACCCCAGCUACCCAAGUCUGAAGACGGGAAAUAUAGUAUUAACAAAGAGUUCAUUCAGGGAAUGAUUCAGUGGUUCAAAGAUGGUAAAGCGUUACCAAAGCGCUAUGUUUGGGAGAUAGUUCUAGGUGCACACGAUCAUUUCGUGAAGGAGAAGAGUAUGGUGAAAGUCGACGUGCCAGAGGGUGUGACUUGUGAUGUUAUAGGGGAUGUGCAUGGGCAAUUUUACGAUAUGUUACACUUGUAUUCGUUAACUGGUGAACCGUCGGAGAAGCAUUACUUGCUUAUGAACGGAGAUCUCGUCGACCGUGGGUCAUGGUCAGUAGAGGUCAUACUAACCGCCUUUGCCUAUAAAUGGCUUUAUCCUAAAUUCAUGUACAUCAACCGAGGUAAUCAUGAGGCGAAGGAGAUGAACAGGACGUACGGCUUUGAAGGAGAAGCAAAACACAAACACGGAGACCAAUCGUACAAACUUUUUGCUCACGUAUUUACGACACUGCCGCUUGCUACGCUAAUCUCUGCGACAAAGGCACCUGUGCAGCCUGUCAAACCUUCUGCCAUUCUCUCGCCGGAAGGAUACCUGCGGUAUUUCGUUGUCCACGGAGGGCUCUUCAGCAAAGACGAAGUCACCCUUGAUGACAUCGAGAAGAUCGAUCGGAUAGGACGCCAACCAGGUCAAGAGGGCCUAAUGUGUGAGUCCCCCUUGCGAGGUAUCACCGCUUUAUCUGACAGCUUGCGGACUUUCCUGAUUAUCAAUUGCAGUUGCUUUGGACUGAUCCGCAGGAUCUCCCUGGACGGGGGCCUAGGUGUUGGUAUUGCGUUUGGACCGGACGUGACCAAACGGUGGUGCACGCUCAACAAAGUAUCUGGCAUAAUUCGAAGCCAUGAAGUUCGACAAGAUGGAUACCAGGUAGAACAUGAGGGACUAUGCACUACGGUCUUCUCCGCACCAAACUAUGUGGAUCAGGCUGGCAACAAAGGUGCUUUUAUUCGCAUAGACUCGGCAGGGACACAAAAAUAUACCCAAUUCGACGCAAAACCUCAUCCACCAAUGAAGCCCAUGGCCUAUGUCCAGGGAGGGCUGGGUGGCUUGAUGAUGUAA